AAGGAGUCAUGAAUUUUGCCGCGAAAUUCAUCCAUACAUUUGGCUAAAUUGAGUUUUGAUAUUAUAGCUCAUGUCAAUUCGUGAUGAAAACCCUAAAUCUAAUUUUCAACCCUAACCAUCAACUGUCAAUGAAAAUUCUAAUUGCUUUAUAACUCUCAUUUAGUCCUAAUCAGUAGGUGUUCACUCUCAGGGUCACUUCAGCGUCGCUCAAAGGUCGUUCAUAAAUUAUAGUCUCACCAAAAAGGUUGUAUGAAACUGAAAUACCACUAAUGAUUUCAUUAAAUUAUUUGUGAUGGGUUCUUUUCGAAUUCUCAUUUGUCAACCUUUCUUAGUAUUAGAAUGCUAUUAAGAUGUUAAGUAAGCGGUUGAUUGAAAAUGUCCUGCGUUCCCAAUAUCGGAAAAGUUUGCCUACAAGAGGAAUGCAAUGCUAUUCCGGAGAACCUGGUUCAUGUUCAUCAACUGGUGCUCUUCACUGUAGACCUUUAACAACUCCUCUGGGAUUGAUCAAAAUUACUUGUGUUGUAAUAUCCUCAAUUUUUGCUGGUGCAUGGAUAAGUAGAAAUGGAGCAGAGUUUCUUGAGGAAAAUGAAAUUUUUGUUCCAGAAGAUGAUUAGAAACCAAUAUAUGUUAAUAAUCUAUUCUGUGAUUAGUAGUUUAUUCGACUAGAUUGUAUAAAUCUUACCUAUUAUUAUUUGCUUUAUCUUUCAGGCCUGUUUCUGUUAUUUAUUGUUAACAGUAAAUUACGCCGGUAUAUGAUGGCCAUAUCAUAACGCGUACAUUUAAACUAUUUAUUCGUAUGUUAAAUGAUGAGAAAAUAUAAUGUAAUGUGUUCUUUUUUUGUCUCUAA